AUGAUAAUGUUUUGUGAUUUGACGAGUGCACAGUAUGAAGACUACAUUAAUAGUAUUACAGAACUUCUUAUCAGUAGAAAUCAUAUGGUUAUCUAGAGCUUCAUCAGUACUCUAAAAGUUGUUCCUCAUGGAAUCGUUGUACUAAAUUAGUAAGAUUAGGAAAUUUCCUACGUGAAUGAGGAAACUGCAAAAAUAUUUCAUGAAUCAGACUCUAGUAAAAUAAAGUGUAGGCUAAGAAACUUCAAACAUAAAAGUCUUACUAUAUAAGAAGAAUCUCAUGAUUCAUUUGAAAGUAUAUCUAUUUAGGAUUUGGCUUGUCCACCUUUAAUUAAAAUUGAUGAUGAUUAGCAGGCAAAUAACCAGAAUCUUUAUGACUCAGACAAGCAGUCAGCUAGGAGAGAUAAAAUAAAUCUACUUGAAUAUUUACAGAGAAAAUAGCGAUAUCAGAUUCAUGAUUAAAACGACCAUCUCUUUAAAGAUGUCUCGAAUAAACAAUAUAUUUUAGUGAAAUGUACUCCAAUCAAUGCAAAAACUUAGCUGCUUGUAUGCUUUAAUGAUAUUUCAAAGCUCAAGUAUCUUGAAAAAACUUCGAAAAAGAUUAAAUCCAUGUUCUUCUCAUCAAUAGCUCAUGAAUUAAGAACUCCCUUAAAUUCAAUCAUACCAAUUAGUAAAUAAUUAAGGCAGCAAUUCGUAAAUGAUUAAGAGGUCAGAUUUUACCUAGAUAUUAUAAUUAAUUCUUCACAUCAUCUUGAAAAUGUCAUAGAAGAUGCACUUGAUAUGAGCAGAAUAGAAAACAACAAAUUUGAGAUAAAUAUGACUUCCUUUGACUUAAGAUAAACAAUACAAGAAAUAAAAGAAAUUAUGGAAUUUUAAGCAAAGCAAAAAGAACUUAACCUGAAAAUUGAUAUUAGUAAUAUGGUACCUAGCUAAAUAAUUACUGAUAAGAAAAGAUACCGUCAGAAUGCUAUGCUAGUAACACAAGUGACAGACACUGGAAUAGGAAUUAGUUCAGAGGACAUUAAGAAACUUUUUGUCUUUUUUGGUAAAGUUGACUGUCAAAAAAGCAUCAAUCAAAGUGGAAUGGGAUUGGGACUUACAAUUUCCAAGAUGAUAGUUGAACAACUUCAUGAAUCAUUAUUCACAAGGGAAGAUUCAGUAUUUGACUGCAAUAUUGAGGAUGAGGAUGAAUAGGAUUAACUAUCUCUUAAGAUUGGUAGCUAAUACUUAGCUGAUAAAGGAAUUAAAAAUAUGUCAAAUGUUAGAAAUGAUAUAAUUAUGAACCCAGUAAAAGUUUUCAAUGUCCUUUUAGUUGAUGACUCUCCUUAUAAUCUAAUAGUAUUAAAAGAACUUCUUAAAAAAAUAGAGGUGAAGAUGGAAAUUCAAAAAGCAAUGAACGGAUAAAUGGCUCUGACAACUGUUUAAAAAAUUAGAGAAAUGGAAGAGUAGGGUAUUAUCAACAUUUCUAAUACAAAGGUUAUUGGAUUUUCUGCUCUUACCUAUAGAUAAUUCUAAGAGAAUCCUAAUUCAGAUUUAUUUGAUCAAUUUAGUAAAAUAUUCAAAAAUUAUAAAUAAACUUUUAGUCGAAAAACCAAUUGA